UUCCCCAUCUCUCCACCCUCAUUCCUCCAUCGUCAAAGUCCUCUGUUUUCUUCUUCGCAAAAUCAGAAGAGGAAGAAGAAAAUGGUUGGGCAAAAGAGGUAUGCUCUGUUUCUGGCAACACAGGACUCGGAGUUCGUGAAGAGCACAUACGGAGGCUACUUCAACGUGUUCAAAUCCCUCCUCGCCGACGAAGGAGAGCACUGGGAUGCGUUUCGUGUCAUCGCUGGAGAAUUUCCCGACGACAAAGAUCUCGACAGCUACGACGGUUUCGUCAUCAGUGGAAGCUCUCAGGAUGCUUUCGCCGACGACGAUUGGAUCCUCAGGCUUUGUUCUCUCGUCGGGAAGCUCGAUCAGAUGAAGAAGAAGAUCCUCGGCAUCUGCUUCGGACACCAGAUUAUAUGCAGAGUAAAAGGAGGGAAGGUGGGGCGAGCUCGUAAUGGACCGGUUCUAGGGUUAGGGAGGAUAACCCUAGUGGAUGAAGCAGCAAAAAUCGGUGAAUACUUGGAUGGAAUUCCGACAUCUUUAAACAUCAUCAAAUGCCACCAGGACGAAGUGUUGGAACUCCCUGAAUCUGCCAAAGUCAUCGCUUCUUCUGACAAGUACGAUGUCGAGAUGUUCUCCAUCGGAGAUCACUUCUUUUGCAUCCAGGGCCAUCCCGAAUACAACAGGGAGAUUCUCUUCGAGAUCAUCGACCGUGUUCUUGGCUUGGGUUACAUCAAGCAAGAAUUUGCUGACGCGGCGAAGGCUACAAUGGAGGGGACAGGACCAGACAGGAAGCUUUGGGAGAAACUUUGCAAGACUUUUCUCAAAGGACAGCUCUGAUAUGCUUUUAUAUAUAUAUAUAUAUAUAUAUAUAUAUAUAUAUAUAUAUAUAUGAUUCACUUGUGUUAUGUUUUAUUUUUUGUAUUUUGUUGACCCUUUUUUCUAGUGAGAAAUUUAUGUAA